AUGAGCAGUCUCUCUUCAUCUUCACUUGAAGACAGUGUUCUCCUCCAACACCCUCACGAAGCCGACUUCACCAUUCAUGAUAUUGUCAUUCCAGUUUUUGCUACUGCCGAAUCCCGCAAUACCCUUAGUAUCAGCCAUGUAAACCGUGGACGGUUAUUAGGGCGAAAGGGUAUGAACAAACAUUUUGACAAUUUACAAGAGGAGUUGAUUGGAAUGCUUGGACAUUGCAACUUCGUCGAUCUUGAGGGUGAAGAUGUGGUGGUUGGUCAUGUUGGACACUUUGGCGCCAUGUGCGCGUGCGCGUGUCCUUCAAAGACAUCUUGA